ACAAAAAUACGUAACAAAAAAGAGAGAGAAAAGAAAAGAAGAAAGGAAAGGAACUCAGGCUUUACCAAGCUUCAUUUGCCUGCCUUGUAUAUGGUCUCAAACGCCUCUCAUCCAUGCGAACAACCAAGAACGACAGGUCCGGAAUAAGCCACUCUCCGGCGCGAAACCACCAACUAACUAGCAACGAUGCCUUCGCCGGAGUACGAAAUGUCGUCAUCGCCGGCCGCAGCGCCGUAUAACACACCGCCGGCGCUUAUUGCCUUUACGCUGACUGUGCUUGUAUUGUGCUUCGUGGCGUUCAGCAUCGUGUACAUGUGCAAGUACUGCUUCUCGAGCGUGAUCCACACUUGGGCCUUCCAGCGCACCCCUUCGGGUUCCCUCAUUCGCCUCACGCCCCACAGGUCCCCUCCUCGGGGCCUCGACCCUGACCUUCUCCAAGUCUUCCCCACCUUCCCUUACUCCUCCGUUAAGGACCUCCGCAAGGAUCAGAAGUACGGCCUUGAGUGCGCCAUCUGUCUACUUGAGUUCGAGGAUGACAACGUGCUCCGCCUCUUGACGCUCUGCUGCCACGUCUUCCACCAGGACUGCAUCGACCUCUGGCUCCGCUCGCACAAGACCUGCCCUGUCUGUCGACGAGACCUCGAUUCACCCCCGCCAGACGAAACGCAGAAAGCUAACGAGGGUGUGGUGGUGAUGUCCACCAGCGGGGAGAUACGCAUUGAUGUAACAGAAGGGCAAGACUGCGGUGGUGGUGAUGAUAAUGAUGGAAAUCCAAGACAAGAGCAUGAACGUGAGCAUGAACACGAACAUGGUUAUGGCAAUCACGAGGUCAUGAUUCAUCAACAGGGGGAACAGAUGUUUGCACGGUCGCAUUCGACGGGGCACUCGAUAGUUUUGAUUAGAGGAGAGGGAGAUGAGGGAAAGGAUGAUGACAAGUAUACGUUGAGAUUGCCGGAGCAUGUUUUGAGAGUGAGGCAUAAUAAUAAGCACAAUUGUACGAGGAGCUGUGCGAGUUACAAGGACAUUGCUAAGCUUGUUGCUCCUCCUGCUGCUGCUGCACCUUGUAGUAAUUGUGGCUUUGUUCAACCAGUUCCUCCAUCUAGCACCUCCUCCCCUGACCAUACUCGAAAAUAACGUUCUUUGUUGUUGUUCUCUAUUCUUUUGAGUUUUCUCUUCUGUCCUUUUUUUUUUUAAAGAUUUUUCUGUUUUAAUUUUACUUGUACUUGAGAUAGAAGAUUAUAGGCUUACGAGGGAAAUGGGUGUUAUAGUCUUGUAGAG